AUGGACCCCGGGGGAACAUGUAAGAAAAGUCCCUUGUCUCUCGGACACAGCAGCGCGGACUCUCGGAGCAGACUCUUGGUGCUUUACGUCUUGUUUUACGUCGUCCUCUUUACGCACGCGUCUCCUGCAAAGCCCUGUGAGAAAAGCUGCCUCUCUGGGAAGUGCAUCAACGGGUCGUGUGUCUGUGACAGAGGAUGGGUCGGGGACCAGUGUCAGCACUGCCACGGGAGGUUCAAACUGACGGAGCCGUCGGGGUUCCUCACAGACGGUCCCAUCCACUACAAAUACAAAACAAAGUGCACGUGGCUCAUCGAGGGAUAUCCCAACGCCGUCCUUCGCUUACGGUUCAACCACUUUGCCACAGAGUGCAGCUGGGACCACAUGUACGUCUACGAUGGGGACUCCAUAUACGCCCCCCUGGUGGCCGUCUUCAGUGGCCUUAUCGUACCUGAGGUCAGAGGAAACGAGACCGUCCCCGAGGUGGAGACCACGUCGGGAUACGCACUACUUCACUUUUUCAGCGACGCGGCGUAUAACCUGACGGGAUUUCAUAUAUUUUACUCAAUAAACUCUUGUCCUAAUAACUGCUCGGGCCACGGUAAAUGCACCACGGGGAACUCCAUCGCCAGCCGGGAACAACUGCGGCAGCCCCGACCACGGCUACUGCGACCUCACCGGGGAGAAGCUCUGUGUGUGCAACGACAGCUGGCAAGGUGA